AAGUUUUUUUUUUUUUUUGUUUUUUUUUUAUACGAGAGUAUCGAAGCAAAUAUUCCCUAUUUCCAUAGUAAUUAGUAAUGUACCGACAGAGAGACGUAUACACGCAUUUGAGAUACAUACCAUUAUGCAGAGUAUAUGAACUACAAAAUACGUAAUUUUGCAACAAUAAAGUGUAUUGUGCGAAAAACCAGCUCUCAAUCUUGCCAAGAAAGAAAUUUUUGACGAAGCUGGUCAAGAAAUAGCAAGCACUUCACAAAAUGAUGCGGAAAUAUGCGAAAAAUAACUUGAAGCAGCAGCAUCAAGGAGAAUUAACGUCUGGAAAUGCAAUGCAAUGAAUGACUGCUCGCUCAGUAGUUAAGUUUGUCUCAGAAUUACAAAGCAAUUGUUAAAAUAUUGUCAUUGCUUGCUUGCUCUAUAAUUAUAUUAUCGCAGUGACAUACACAGACACUACGCUACACCUCGCAAUGAAAUGAUGAAAAAUGAUCUGAAGUAAUAUUGCUGCUGAGAAUUGCAAUAAACACAAUUAAAUAUGCUUCUACCACGAUGAUGAUUAAUUUAUUAAGUGAAGAUGCGAACGUAAAAUGUAUUAAUAUGUAGGAGGAGGAGGACAACCUCGUCUUUCACUGUUGUCAUACAGUGUCAAUAUCAAUAGAAGUUGCAACAUUUAUCUAUCAAAAUAUAUAAUUGAUUAUGUACCGCUUAAAUGUGCAACAGACAAAGCAAAGUCAUUUACAACAUAAAACGCAGCAAUCGGAACAAUCCCAACAUUUACUGGCAGAACAAUAUCCUACCACAACUUCCACCGUUAUACCCAGUCAUAUAUUCUUACAGCAGCAAUUGAAUGGCAGCAGCGUCAAUACAGACACCGGCAAUACCGAAGUCGAGAAUGUAUUUUUGGUCGGUCCACAGGCCACAAGCGAUAGUGCGGAAUGCAGUGGUAAUUUGCCCUCCAAUCAGACACGUUGUCAAUCCACCCUUAUUCAUAUACAACAACAACAGCAGCAGCAGGCACAGCAACUAAUCGAUAAUAGUUCUUCCGAUGUUGUUGUCGGGACAACAGCGAUAAGCACCUGCCGGACCGAUACAGUAUUGGCAUCGAAGAAAUUGCAGUUUAUCGCUACCGCACCAAUCAAAUCGGAACCGUCAAGUGAUGUUAUAACCUUGACAUCGGUAGUUAAUAACCGGAACAAUGUUUCUUGCAAUAUGUCGAGCACGAAUGCCAUCAAUAACCCUGCAAACAGUAGCAAUAAUAACGAAGAGGACGUUGGCGGAGUUGGCAUUAAUAUUACGGAGACUAACUCACCCAAUACAAUAUCCAUGGCUUUAACCAGCACGAAUAGUAAUUCAAAAUCGCAAACAAAUCCAGUUAACAUAAUAGGAACUUUAAGUAAAAGUUCGUCAGCUUCACAGUUAACUGUUGUAAAUAGUGGAGUCGGUAAUAACGGUGGAAAUGCAGCAGGCUUGACAUUUGUGCCCACGAAACGUAAUCGUUUGGAGGUAAACGAAGAAUGGAUAUCUACAUCUAGUCCCGGUAGUGUACCCUGCACCGGACCCCCCUUAAGUCCAUCGCCGGGAUCACAAAAUCAAAUGUACGGAGCAAAUAUGUCAAAUGGUUAUUCGUCACCAAUGUCUGCCGGCAGUUAUGAUCCGUUCAGUCCGAACGGCAAAACCGGACGCGAUGACUUGUCCCCAUCGAGCAGUCUUAAUGGCUUUUCAACUAACGACACUAGUGAUGGGAAAAAAAUUAAAAAAGGUCCCGCUCCACGUUUACAAGAAGAGCUAUGUUUGGUGUGCGGUGAUCGGGCUUCGGGUUAUCAUUACAAUGCUCUCACCUGUGAAGGCUGUAAGGGUUUCUUUCGACGAAGUGUUACCAAAAAUGCCGUCUAUUGUUGUAAAUUUGGUCAUGCUUGUGAAAUGGAUAUGUAUAUGCGUCGUAAAUGUCAAGAGUGUCGACUAAAAAAGUGUUUAGCGGUAGGAAUGCGACCGGAAUGUGUUGUACCGGAAAAUCAAUGUGCAAUGAAGCGACGUGAAAAGAAGGCACAAAAAGAGAAGGACAAACUGCAGACCUCUACCUGUAACACUGACUUUAUAAAAAAGGAAAUUCUCGACCUGAUGACAUGCGAGCCACCGUCGCACCCUACAGCUCCGCUAUUACCUGAUGACAUUUUAGCGAAAUGUCAAGCACGCAAUAUACCUCCUCUAACAUUCAAUCAACUGGCGGUGAUUUAUAAACUAAUUUGGUAUCAGGAUGGGUAUGAGCAGCCGUCAGAGGAAGAUCUCAAAAGAAUAAUGGUUAGCUCACCGGACGAAAAUGAAAGUCAGCAUGAUGUUAGCUUUCGACAUAUUACGGAAAUCACGAUACUGACUGUACAGCUUAUCGUUGAGUUUGCCAAGGGUUUGCCAGCGUUUACCAAAAUACCGCAAGAAGAUCAAAUAACGCUUCUGAAAGCCUGCUCAUCCGAAGUAAUGAUGUUACGUAUGGCGCGUCGUUAUGAUCAUAACUCAGAUUCAAUAUUUUUUGCCAAUAAUCGAUCGUAUACGCGUGACUCGUACAAAAUGGCCGGCAUGGCUGACAACAUUGAGGACCUAUUGCAUUUUUGUCGGCAAAUGUAUUCCAUGAAAGUCGACAACGUCGAAUACGCACUACUCACUGCCAUUGUGAUCUUCUCCGAUCGGCCGGGUCUCGAAAAAGCCGAACUAGUCGAAGCGAUACAAAGCUAUUACAUUGAUACACUCCGCAUUUACAUACUUAACCGCCAUUGUGGCGACCCCAUGAGUCUAGUGUUCUUCGCCAAGCUGCUUUCCAUACUAACUGAACUGCGUACAUUGGGCAAUCAAAAUGCAGAAAUGUGCUUCUCGCUAAAACUGAAAAAUCGCAAACUUCCAAAAUUCUUGGAAGAAAUUUGGGAUGUGCACGCAAUACCGCCAUCCGUGCAAUCGCAUAUACAAGCAACCCAAGCGGAGAAAGCAGCCCAAGAGUCAGCCACGACAUCGAGCAAUAUGUCGAAUGCGUUGACUGCUGCGACCACGACAUCUUCCUCCAUAAACUCAACCUCGUCAUCAGCAAUGUCUGCAUCCACUUCACCGCCAACAGCGGUAGCGGCGUCCACCACUAUCAUAACGCCUAAUGGUUAUGCUUAUAGCAAUUUGUCAGGUGGUGGCAUGAGCCACAAUAUGGGCUCAGCCCAAGAUGAGGCCGCAUAGCAGUAGUAGUAGUUAUUGUUAUCGAAUGACAACAACAACACAAAUCGUCUGCUUUUAUUAAGUACAUUUUCGACUGCCGUCGUACUCUCCAAUAAUGAUAAUGUUAUUCAGUAAUUUAAUGAACACAACACAACCGCAAAAUAAAUGUGAGUGGCUAAAGCUGUGUUCUACAUUUAUAAGUAUACUUACAUAUUUUACAAAAUUUAUGUACAGUCAAACAAACAUACAUACACGUACUAUUGCUUAUUAUAAAAAAACAAAAACCUGCAAUACGUUAGCAUUUCCGUUUUAUUUUUUUUUUUUUUUUCUUGAUUUUAUAUAUCAUAAAAUCGCGCAAGAGGGUUUCUACGCGUGUUAUGCUUAGUUUGAACACAAAAUUUAUCUAAAUUUCUUAAGUGUUUCGAAGCUAUGCAGAAGUCGAAAAAAACCUUAGCAAUGAGGGAAAGGCAGAGAUUUGCAAAAAAAGCAAAAAAAAAAAGAAAGGAAAAAAAUUAAAAUGAGCAGAGUGUGCGUGUGUGCAAGCUGUUUAUUAGUCAUUUCCUAAAAGCGUUCUACAAAAUGCUGUCCUUUCCGUGAAGAUGAUUUGACCACGUCGUCGUCGUCGU